GUGGUUUCUGUUUGUUUGUUUUAAAUUUGAGAUUUGAGUAGUAACAUAUUUGGGUUGAUCAAUUUGAUGAUUUGCGAACCUUCCGCAGACUGCGAGGGUUGGCGAGGUACAGCCAUAGACCGAACUGAAUGGAGAAGACUUCUAGGCACUGCACAGGUCACUUCGGCGUUAGUCUGAUAAUAAAUAAAAAAUAUUUGGGUUGUUCGUCGCUUUUAUGACGAAGAAGAGGAUGACAUUGCGAAUUUGAAAUGGACUUUGAACCAAAAUAAAAGUGCUGGUGGAUGAAUCGGUUUUCUCAUUUGCAAAUCUUGCUAUAUGUUAUAUGCUCUGAGCUAAGUUAUUGGAAACUGAAUGAGCUUGAUAAGAUUAGCAAACUCAUUAUACGACGAUUUUCUGUUCAUCGGUUAGUUUUGGAAGAAAUUUUGAAUAAGGUGGAUGUGUCUGGAGUGUGAAUUUACGUUGGAAGAAAAAUGUUGAAUAUUCUUGAACAGUCUUUGAAGAUGAGCGCUGCUAAUCGCAUUAAUGUUGAAGUACAUCAAGGCACAGUAUCCGGUGUUCGGGAAAAGCUUCCCAACGGAAAUGAAUCAUUCGCUUUCCGGGGGAUUCCGUACGCUAAGCCACCUAUAGGAGAGCUACGUUACAAGGCUCCGCAGCCUUUAGACAAAUUUCAGUAUCCGAUAUUGGAUUGUAGUGUGGAACGCGAUGUGUGCUUUAGUAGGAAUAUAUUUUCCCAAAAGGUGGAAGGCUCAGAGGACUGUCUUUAUCUGAAUGUGUAUUCACCAAAGAUAGGAAGUGAGGAGAAGGCACUUCCAGUGAUGGUAUUUAUUCAUGGAGGAGCAUUUAUGUUUGGCAGUGGAAACAGUGAUUGUUACUCUCCUGAAUACCUCGUACAAGAAGAUGUUGUAGCAGUAACAUUGAACUACCGACUUGGUCCACUGGGAUUCACUUAUCUACCGAGCCAAGGUAUCGAAGGGAACGCCGGAUUAAAGGACCAACUGAUGGCAUUGAAAUGGGUUAAACAGAACAUUGGGAAGUUCGGUGGCGAUCCAAACAACGUGACGAUUUUUGGAGAAAGCGCUGGAGGUGCCUCAGUGCAUUUGCAUUUGCUGUCGCCCAAUUCUAGACAAUAUUUCCAUAAAGCCAUCUGUCAGAGUGGAUGCAGUAUCAUGGAAUGGGUUAUGCAACGUGAUCCAGAGUACAAGGCGAGAACGUUGGCCAAAUUGGUCGGAUGCAAAGGAACGACUGAUGAAGACGUUUAUGAAUCGUUGAUGACGUCAUCUACUGCUGAUAUUAUAGGACGGAUGACGGCUGUUCUGACGGAUGAUGAAAAGAUUCGUGGACUACCCAUACCAUUUAAACCGGUAGUGGAGAGUGAAUCUGCCAUUGAUGCAAUUGUGACAAAACCGCCAAUUGAUGUACUUAAGACUCCAAAUAGUAUCGCUAACAUACCGGUUAUGAUGGGAGUGAAUAAUAAGGAGGGCACAAUCAUGCUGCUGGAUGGCAUUAAAAAACUAGAGCUGUAUGAUAAUGAUAUGGCUCGCAUGAUUCCACGAAGUGUAAAUGUGAAUCCUGGUACAAAGACCAGCAACGAGCUGGGUGAGGAGAUUAAGAAAUUUUAUUUUGGAAAUCAGUCGGUCGACACAAAGACUCUUCCACAGUUGGCAGAUUUGAUGAGUGAUUAUCAUUUUACAAUUUUUGCAAACAUUUGCAGUGAGCUACAUUCCCGAUUUCAGCACCAAUCCCCGCUGUACUUUUAUAACUUUAGCUUCGACGGAAUGUUGAACAUGUACAAGAAACUGCUAAACCUAAGCGUGCCUGGAGCGAGUCAUGCCGAUGAAUUAUCUUAUCAAUUUAUAUUUCGAAUGGCUCCGGUUAAGGUAGAACCCGAUUCGCCGGAGGCACGGGUACGCUACUACAUGUGUCGGAUGUGGACCAACUUUGCCAAGUAUGGCAAUCCGACUCCACCGGAGGACAGCUCACUCCCCUACCGGUGGGAUCCAGUGCAAAAAAUUUCCCCAGAGUCCAAGGAGGAAUUCAAACUGGAUUGUCUGGAUAUUAGCGAGAAACCGAAAAUGGUCACCAACCCGGAUAAGCACAGAAUGGAUUUUUGGAGGUCGGUGUACAAGCGGUUCAAUGAGGGAGUAUUGAAGGUGAAGCUGUGAUUAUCUAAUCUUGCAUAUGUAAUGUAUCCGAUAAUGGAAUUAAGUAGUAUCGAGAUUGAUAUUAAUUGGAAUUGAUUUUUUGGUUUGAAAGGAAAAUUAUCUGUUAGAAGAUUUAGAACAUUAGCUUUUGAAACAUUGACAUACAUAAAAGGAUAAAAAACACCCUCAAUA